CAGAUAGAAGCUGAAGGCAGGUUCCUCCUCUAGGAAGCAGUAAAGUCAAGGUUUCCUGUGGAGUGCCAAUACAAUACCAGUGUGCAUUCUCUCUGGGCAGACCAGAAUUAUUUUCCUGUAUGAUCCUUCACGUCCAGUUUGCCUAAGCAAAGUUCCAAUGGACCAGUGAAGAAGUCCAUGCGGGAGAAGGCUGUGGAGCGGAGGAACGUUAACAAAGAGCACAAUAGUAACUUUAAAGCCGGGUAUAUUCCUAUCGAUGAAGAUCGCCUCCAUAAGACUGGCCUGAGAGGGAGAAAGGGCAACCUGGCCAUCUGUGUGAUUGUCCUCCUGUUUAUCCUGGCUGUCAUCAACCUACUCAUUACACUUGUCAUCUGGGCUGUGAUUCGCAUCGGGCCAAAUGGCUGUGACAGCAUGGAGUUCCACGAAAGCGGCCUGCUGCGAUUCAAGCAAGUGUCUGACAUGGGCGUCAUCCACCCGCUCUACAAGAGCACCGUGGGAGGAAGGAGGAAUGAGAACCUGGUCAUCACUGGCAACAACCAGCCAAUUGUUUUUCAGCAAGGAACAACCAAGCUGAGUGUAGAAAAGAACAAAACGUCUAUCACCAGUGACAUUGGAAUGCAGUUUUUUGACCCAAGGACACAGAACAUCUUAUUCAGCACGGAUUAUGAGACUCACGAGUUUCAUCUGCCAAGUGGAGUGAAAAGUCUGAAUGUUCGGAAAGCGUCCACUGAAAGGAUUACCAGCAAUGCUACCAGUGACUUAAAUAUCAAAGUUGACGGGCGUGCAAUUGUGCGUGGCAAUGAAGGCGUGUUCAUCAUGGGCAAAACCAUCGAAUUCCACAUGGGGGGCAACGUGGAGUUAAAGGCUGAAAACAGCAUCAUCCUCAAUGGAACCGUGAUGGUCAGCCCAACGCGUCUGCCCAGUUCCUCCAGCGGGGACCAGUCGGGGAGCGGUGACUGGGUACGAUACAAGCUCUGCAUGUGUGCAGACGGCACACUCUUCAAAGUACAAGUGACGGGCCACAACAUGGGCUGCCAGGUGGCAGACAACCCUUGCGGAAACACUCACUAGGAGCUCUGUCCCCAGGGUCAGUGUGUUCCACUCUCCACUUGACCUUUUCUUUUUAAGAAUGCAUGUGAACCAUCUUUUUACAGUUUGCGGUAACUUGUGUUUUAACUGGGGAGCACCACUGUAUUGAUUAUGUACGCUCCACACUUAAGAGACUUUUGAGUGCCUAAAUUCUGAUAUGCUUUAUUAAGUUGCACUGAUACUAAAAUGACAAUUCUCUAAAAUAAUUAUGAGAAAUUAAUAAAAUGAAAAGUAAUCUUGAAGUGUUUUUAACAUUCUGCUAUCUCUUGUCUAAAGGACAAAGGGAUGAAGAACUGUGUAAGUAAGCCUCUGGUUAUUUCCAGAUCCACUCGAGUUGUCUGGAGAGCAUAGCAUCACUGUCUGUGCUCUGUCUUUUGGCUUUUACGGGAAAGGCACAGAUUUUUACUGCAUUAACCCGAAGCCACAUUUUCACAAACAAGUCAUUGAAGAACUUUCCAUCUAUGAGCUUGUAAGAAACUAUGUUUCCUUAGUUUUGCACUAAAGAAAAUACUCUGUCAUGGAAUGUUUACUUGAAAUAAUGAUACAUAUAAGUAUCUGCAGUGUGUAACCAUUGAACUCCAACCCCAGUUCUCACUAGUGUGUACUGUUGCUAGUGGUAACAGUAGCUGUCAUCAGUGGACCUCCUCUUCCCCAGCACCGUCCUGGACACUGUGUGUUUAGUCUCUCUCAUUCUCUCUGCACCUCUCAGGAAGUGCUUCAAUCCACCUUCACCCAUCAGGAAACUGAAUCAAAGAAGCUAAGGAGCUGCCCCACACCAACCACAUAGUAAAGGAUGGAUCCUGGGUUGGCAUUCAAGUACAAUUCUAAACUAGGGGAAACUGAUUCCAAGUGUGUUUCUGCCUUUAUACUCUACACUGAAUUGUCAAUUAUUUAAAACUCUCAGAAGAUGGAAAGGGCCUAAUUCUAAUUUACCUAAUAGGUAAAAAUCAAACAUGUGUGCUGCUCUAGUUAAGAUACUAAUCUGUUAGAAAAUAUGACCAAUCACUGUCAGAUUUUAAACUAUCUUGAGCCAAUUCCAAGCUGUCAUUCAAUAGACAGAUCUGCUUGGUCUGCGUGCCACAUGGGAGCACCUGAAUGAGUUACAGAGAGGCCAGUAUGUUAUUCUUUAAGCGCUGGGGAGGCUCAGGGGAAAUGGGGAGGCUAGGCCUCAGUAGGGCCUGCUGCCCGAUGUAUUUCCUCCAGUGUCCCAUACCAGUGUCCCCCUUUAGAAGUGUACUGCACCCAAGAACUAGUACACACUAGGACAAAGGGUGCUGAUGCAGGAGAUGAUGCAGGUGAUGUUUAGCUAGGUAUAAAACUUUGAUCUCUGCUCCUCAUCUCACUGUCUCAUUUUAACUACUUACAGCCCUCAAACCAGUGGAUUCUAGUGUAUUUUAUACUUGAUUGGAAAGGAAUUUUCUGGUAUUACUAAGAUACAUGGGAUCGGGUACCCAGAAUGCAUAGCUGUAGACAGCAGGGAGGUGUCAUGGGCCUAGCCACACAGAAGGACGCUUGUAUACUGUCAUGGUCAUGUGUAGAUAAGAAAACCAACCUAGAAAACAGUUUGUGUUCAAUACUGUCACAGUUCUGUCAAGUGGAAAAAAACUGAAUACCUUAGAGAUUGUGAACUCAGGCUGAGUUAAGAUUGACUUGAGACCUGACACUAAGUGCAGGUUAUAGAUGUAAAGGAAGAGAGCGAUGUAUGCCUCUGGAUAUGGUCAAGGAUUGUUUAAUAACUUAAAAAUGCCCAGAAAAAUCAUGUUUGGAGUUCUCAUUUCCAUGCUCAGUGUAUUUUUAAAUUGUACAUUUGUUACAUGUUCUUUUUCAAUUUGUUUUGAGAAUUUCUUUAAAUAAAUAUUUUUACUAAAAACACAGAA